GUGACUAAGGUUGGGGGCUGGCAGCGGCGGCAGCAGGGAGCUGGGAAGCUGAGAAGCCGGGAGCGCGGGGCUCAGUCGGGGGGCGGCGGCGGCGGCGGCUCCGGGGAUGGCGGCGGCUCCGCUGCUGCUGCUGCUGCUGCUCGUGCCCGUGCCGCUGCUGCCGCUGCUGGCCCAGGGGCCUGGGGGCGCGCUGGGAAACCGGCAUGCGGUAUACUGGAACAGCUCCAACCAGCACCUGCGGCGCGAGGGCUACACGGUGCAAGUGAACGUGAACGACUAUCUGGAUAUUUACUGUCCUCACUACAACAGCUCAGGGCCUGGCGGCGGGGCGGAGCAGUACGUACUAUACAUGGUGAACCUGAGCGGCUACCGCACCUGCAACGCCAGCCAAGGCUCCAAGCGCUGGGAAUGCAACCGGCAGCACGCCUCGCACAGCCCCAUCAAGUUCUCCGAGAAGUUCCAGCGCUACAGCGCCUUCUCGCUGGGCUAUGAAUUCCAUGCCGGCCAAGAAUACUACUAUAUCUCCACGCCCACUCACAACCUGCAUUGGAAGUGUCUGAGGAUGAAGGUGUUCGUCUGCUGCGCCUCCACAUCGCACUCCGGGGAGAAGCCGGUCCCCACUCUCCCCCAGUUCACCAUGGGCCCCAAUGUGAAGAUCAACGUGUUGGAAGACUUUGAGGGAGAGAAUCCCCAGGUGCCCAAGCUUGAGAAGAGCAUCAGUGGAACCAGCCCCAAGCGGGAACACCUGCCUCUGGCCGUGGGCAUCGCCUUCUUCCUCAUGACGCUCUUGGCCUCCUAGUUCUGCCCCUUCCUAUGACAGAGAGAGGUGGGGCAGGGCUGAGAAGGAGCAGGGAGCCAGCUGUGGGGCCUACAUCCUUCUGCUCAUGGUUGGGAGUGGGGUCUGCACUGUACACUAUCUGUGCCUGCCCUCUUUGCCCACACUCUCUAGGACAAGCACCAUGGUGGAUCAGGCACAGGGACAGCCACAGGUCCCAGGUGGCCUGUGGCUUUGGUAAUGUGUGGUACCAAACCUGGGGGCUAUAAAGGCAGUGCUCAGGACUCCCUGGCCCCUGGUACCUUUUCCUGACCCUCAGUGCCCUCCCUCUUUGUCCGCUAAGAGACAGAUAUGCCCCAGAGAGAACAAAUGAAGCAUGGGAGAUGCCCCCUGUCACUCUCUUCUGGGGCAGAACGUGGGGAGGGGGACUAGAUGGGUGAGGGGUGGAGCCUCGGGCUGCCCCUUCCCCUGUUUACAGCAAUAAGCAUGUCCUCCUCCCUCCACUCCCACAUAGAGGACUGUGGUUUGGAUUGAAUCCAAGUUUACAAAUAGACACCCCUGGGGGGGGGCAGGCAGCGGACAGGGGUGGGCAUUGGGGUGCCAGACAGGCAUGUACAGACUCUAUAUCUCUAUAUAUAAUGUACAGACAGACAGAGUCCCUUCCCCUUCUUAACCUUCACCUUUCUUGACUUCCCCUUCCAUAGUCAGACCCCUUCCCCACCAGGUUAGGCCCCCCUUGGGACCCCCCUGGCCCCUCUUUUGUCUUCUGUGAAGACAGGACCUAUGCAACGCACAGACACUUUUGGAGACCGUAACAACAACGCCCCCUCCCUUCCAGCCCUGAGCCUGGAACCAACUCCCAGGACCUUGCCCUGCCCACCCUCUGGUCCCCACCCAUCCUGGGCCUUUUUCAAGUGCUUUGGCUGUGACUUUCAUACUCUGCUCUUAGUCUAAAAAAAAAAAAAAUAAACUGGAGAUAAAAAUAACUGAGUGUGUGUGGUUUCAAGGGGCUAUGUCCCUCUGUUUCACUGGCUGAACCCUGUAGGGCUCAGGUCCUGGGCGAGCAGGCAUUCUAGGUUAGAGUCCAUGGAGUGCUGGCUCUGGGGUCCAGUUCUGUGUGGAGAGAGGGACAGAGCUUCAAGUUGAGCCUGGGUGAUUUGGGGCAGGUUCCUUUACCUUUCUAGGCUCAGGCUUCCCGCAGGGAGAGCGGUGUGAGUACCCAUUUCCCAGAGUUAAGGCUCAGACUGGUGUGCUCUAUGCUGUAGUCAGAAGCUUUUGGCUGGGUCCAAGGAUUUCAGGGGAUUUGUGAACCUAGAUAGGAAAAAAAAAGUUACAUCGUUAUUUUCACUCACCUGUGACAAAUUUAACAUUCCCUAUGUACUUGGGCAACCGGCCACAAUAGCAUUAACAGUAUGUGUGACUUUGUAGCCAACGGAAAUCCCAGAUGUUUUCAAACCUGCUUUAUAUCUCAGAAUAUCACUUAUGUGUCACUACUUUGAAAUGAUCAUAGUUGUUAGACUUUACUUGUUUUUAACAUGUUAAUAAAGAAACAUAUAUAUUACAUACCAAAAA